UAUUUUGCUAUGGAAGAAGGAUCCACUGAAGAGUUUCUCUUCAAAGACCAGGACUUCUCCUCUGAACUGCUGAAGCAGCUGAAUGCCCUGCGGCAGAGCAGGCUUCUGACCGAUGUCACCCUCUGCUCUGGGGGCUUUGAAAUCCCCUGCCACCGAAAUGUGCUGGCUUCCAGCAGUCCAUACUUCAAGGCAAUGUUCUGUAACAACUUCAGGGAGAGUCACCAGCCUAAAGUCAUUCUGAAGGGCAUCGACGCUGGUAUUUUGGAUCAGAUUAUCCUUUAUGUUUACACUGGGGAGAUUCUAAUAUCCACUGAGAAUGUCUUGUGCCUCUUGGAGACUGCAGCCAUGCUGCAGUACACUAAGCUUUUUGAGGCCUGCUCUACCUACCUCCAAGACAAGCUGACUCCUGAUAACUGUCUGAGUAUGAUCAGACUGGCAAAAGUCUUGAACUGCCAAAGCCUGAAUAAGAAAGCCAGGGCCAUGGCUUUGAAAUGUUUUCCUGUGGUGGCCUCUUCUGAGGAUCUGAAGGACCUCUGUCCCAUGGAGCUCAUUGAUUACCUUGGGGAUGAUGAACUCUGUGGGGAGGAGGAGCAGGUCUUUGAGGCACUGAUGGUCUGGAUCCGGCAUGACCUCCAGGCACGACAAGGCUAUAUCCAAGAGUUGUUCAAGAAGGUCCGACUUCAGUACGUCCAUCCAACUUUCCUCUUCCAUUUCAUUGCUAAUGACUCACUCGUUCAGUCCUCACCCACUUGCAGGAGCAUCCUGGAGUCUGCCCGGAGACACAUGUUUUCCUUGUACAGCACCAACACACCUGACAUCAAACCCAUGAUGCAUGUUCCUCGCCGGUACUCCAACCAAGAGUUCCUCAUCAUCAUUGGUGGCAGGAAGGACAGCCAGCAGACAAUGAGGGAUGUCCUGCUAUAUGAUGACAAGACGAACCAAUGGCUGAGCCUGGCCAAACUUCCCAUGCGCCUCUACAAAGCCUCUGCAGUGAGUUUACACAGCAAUAUUUUUGUGCUCGGAGGGAUGCCUGUUAGCAAUAAGAAAAGUCUGGUCAGUGGUAAUAUUUACAUUUAUUCCCUCAAACUCAAUCAGUGGAGGUUGAUUGAGCACAUGCUAGUUCCACGUUACUCCCACAGAAGCCUGGCAUAUAAAAAUUAUAUUUUAUCAUUCGGUGGAAUUGGUGAAAACCAGGAAAUCCUGAAUUCUGUGGAAAGAUACGAUAGUGUCUACAACACCUGUGAGAGCAUGGCAAACAUGCCUGUUGCCGUCCUUCACCCUGCUGUUGCUGCCAAAGAUCAGAGGGUUUACCUCUUUGGGGGAGAAGACAUAAUGCAAAACCCUGUUCGGCUUAUCCAGGUGUACCAUGUCUCCAGGAAUAUGUGGUUUCGUAUGGAGACUAGAGUAGUGAAGAAUGUCUGUGCACCAGCUGUCGUGAUUGGAGACCAGAUUAUCAUCGUAGGUGGGUACACCCGGAGAAUAAUUGCUUACGAUACAAAAGGCAACAAGUUUGUUAAAUGUGCAGACAUGAAGGACAGACGAAUGCAUCAUGGGGCUACUGUCAUCAAGAACAAGCUAUAUGUGACAGGAGGACGAUGUCUCACCUCAGACAAUGUCAUCAAGGACCUGGAUUCCUUGGACUGCUAUGAUCCAGAGACUGACACAUGGACACCAAAGGGAAAACUGCCGCACAAACUCUUUGACCAUGGGUGCCUUACAUUGCAGUGUGUCCCCUGUUCUAACCUUCUCUAA